AUAGAGAUGUAAAAUAGUCUAAAUCAGAGCCAGACUGAGGGCAUUCUGACAUCAGCAGUCCAAAAGGGGAUGAGACCCUCGGAAGGAAGAGGCGGUUUGUGAUGAUGUCACAGGAUGCCACUGUAGUGGAUCAAUUUCAAUUUGAAGCUCGAGCUCCUCUCCUCGCUUUUACCGUGGAGCACACUGGAUUGAACCAUCAGUGAAAGGACAACCGGACUAUUAGCGCUCUGGAAAAAGGGUCGGGAAAAGCAGAAUUUGCUAUUUUCUUUUCAUUUGAAGGCUACAUUUCUCAGUAAGGACCCGUUGACAGCAGAGCCAGGAUGGAUGCUAACGGCAUAUUCUCACUUCUGUUGCUGUGUUCUGUCACUGAGCUGUGUGUGUUGGCGAGCCCUGAGGGGAAUGACUCCCAGCAGCACCAUACCCAGAACGUCUACCACGACAUCGGUGUCACCAGGAACACCAUAGUCACUGCUCAGUUUGAGUGCUAUCAGAAGAUCAUGAAAAACGACAAACACAACAAAAUAGGGCCAGUGUGUAACAGGACGUGGGAUGGCUGGCUGUGCUGGGAGGACACAGAGGCAGGCUUCACUACAAACCAACACUGUCCAGACUACUUCCAAGACUUUGACACAGCAGAAAUGGCGUCCAAAGUGUGCAGUGAAACGGGUAAUUGGUUUCUACACCCGGAGAGCAACAGGACAUGGACAAACUACACCAAAUGUACGGCAUACACCAGCGCAGGAAGAGUGACAGCGAUGAAUCUCUACUACCUGGUUCUGAUUGGACAUGGACUGUCGCUAACGUCAUUGUUCUUCUCAUUGGGAAUAUUUUUCCAUUUCAAGAGUCUAAGCUGCCAGAGGAUAACACUCCACAAAAACCUAUUUUUUUCAUUUGUGUUGAACUCAGUCAUCACUAUCAUCUGGUUGACAGCGGUGGCUAACAACCAGGGACUAGUGCAGAGCAACCCUGUGAGCUGUAAGGUGAUCAUGUUUAUUCACCUGUACCUGUUUGGCUGUAACUACUUCUGGAUGCUGUGUGAGGGCAUCUACCUGCACACACUCAUCGUGGUGGCCGUGUUUGCUGAGAAACAGCACCUCAUGUGGUACUACCUGCUUGGAUGGGGAUUUCCACUCAUACCUGCAUUGAUUCAUGCAAUAGCACGAAGCUACUACUACAAUGAUAAUUGUUGGAUCAGCUCAAACACUUCCCUGCUCUACAUCAUCCAUGGUCCCAUCUGUGCUGCCCUGCUGGUGAAUCUGUUCUUCCUGUUGAACAUUGUGCGUGUCCUCAUCACCAAACUGAAGGUGACCCAUCAGGCUGAAUCUAGCCUCUACAUGAAGGCUGUGAGAGCCACCCUGAUCCUGGUCCCUCUCCUGGGUAUCCAGUUUGUCUUGUUCCCCUACAAACCCCAGGGACGCUUCGCCUUGGAGAUCUACGACUACAUUAUGAACAUCCUCAUGCACUACCAGGGUCUCCUCGUUGCCACCAUCUUCUGCUUCUUCAAUGGCGAGGUCCAAGGUGUUUUGCGAAGGCACUGGAACCAGCAGAGGAUCCAGUUUGGCAGUAACUUCGCCCACGCAGACGUCUUCCGCUCAGCCUCAUACGUGGCGUCAUCCCUGACGGAGGUGCACCGCUGCUACAGCAUCGACGGGCACACCGAACACAUGAACGGCAAGAACAGCUACCACGACAUCGAGACGGUGACACCCACCAUACUCCGGUCGGACAACCCGUUUGCCUGAGGCCUGAGGCUGAAGGUCGAAAGUCACAGGCCUUGGGUCUGUACAGUUACACAGUGGCAGUUAAACUUUCAGUUGAAAUGACUGCAGACAAUUUGGAGCUCUUUUUCCACCAUAGUCUAGAACAUUUUACAUUACAUGAACAUUACAUGAACGUUUAUAGGGAGCACUACUCAACCUCUUGAUCUGGUAAAUACAGUUACCUUCAACUGAUUCACUUUAACUUUACGAGGACUGAAUAGGCACUUAACUAGAGACACAUGUGUAAAGGAAUGGACACUACCUGCACUACCUUAAGGGUAUUAGUGUAAGGAAUAAAUCUUGCCGUUUCAUCCUGUGGACUGAAGAGCCUGCGACUCUACAACAACCUCUAACCCAAGAGCCUGAGACUCUACAACCUCUGACCCAAGAGCCUGCGACUCUACAACAACCUCUAACCCAAGAGCCUGAGACUCUACAACCUCUGACCCAAGAGCCUGAGACUCUACAACAACCUCUGACCCAAGAGCCUGCGACUCUACAACAACCUCUAACCCAAGAGCCUGCGACUCUACAACAACCUCUGACCCAAGAGCCUGCGACUCUACAACAACCUCUGACCCAAGAGCCUGAGACUCUACAACAACCUCUAACCCAAGAGCCUGAGACUCUACAACAACCUCUAACCCAAGAGCCUGAGACUCUACAACAACCUCUAACCCAAGAGCCUGAGACUCUACAACAACCUCUAACCCAAGAGCCUGAGACUAUACAACAACCUCUGACCCAAUAGCCUGAGACUCUACAACAACCUCUGACCCAAGAGCCUGAGACUCUACAACAACCUCUAACCCAAGAGCCUGAGACUCUACAACAACCUCUGACCCAAUAGCCUGAGACUCUACAACAACCUCUAACCCAAGAGCCUGAGACUCUACAACAACCUCUGACCCAAUAGCCUGAGACUCUACAACAACCUCUGACCCAAUAGCCUGAGACUCUACAACAACCUCUGACCCAAGAGCCUGAGACUCUACAACAACCUCUGACCCAAGAGCCUGAGACUCUACAACAACCUCUAACCCAAGAGCCUGAGACUCUAAAACAACCUCUAACCCAAGAGCCUGAGACUCUACAACAACCUCUGACCCAAGAGCCUGAGACUCUACAACAACCUCUGACCCAAGAGCCUGAGACUCUUCAACAACCUCUAACCCAAUAGCCUGAGACUCUACAACAACCUCUAACCCAAGAGCCUGAGACUCUACAACAACCUCUGACCCAAGAGCCUGAGACUCUACAACAACCUCUGACCCAAGAGGAGUACAGUGCAGUUAACUUGUUGUGCCUACUGGUGAUAUAAUUACUUCCAUUCUAUAAAGGACAAAGGAAACCUAAUGUAGAUGGACCUUAAGCACUGGAUGAUGUAUUAAGAUGGGCAGGCUCUUUAUGACAAGACAAGUAACUAAAGGUCACAGUGGAUGUUUUGAUACAGUGUACAGUUACAAUUGUUUUCUUUUACAGCAAUUAGCAUUGAAUGUGUUAUCAUGUGUUGUUGUCUGUGGUUUGAAUUUGCAUGGUCAUUGAUGGCUACUUAUUUAUAACUAUGUUACAGUAGUACAAGAUGGACCACCCAUUAGAAUGUUCAUUUCCUGUCAAUGUAUUUCCCUGUCCAGCGGUCUUCUCCCUUCUGUCUAGACUAGGGUUUAGUCCAUCUGUGGGAGUUUAUGUCUGGCACAUAAAAUGACCUUGGUUUUGCCUCAGUUUUAUCUGUCAUAGUUGAAAGUAUGUAAGUCUUGUUUAAGUAUGUAAGUAUUAUUUUUUUCAUAGAGUUGCUUCAUAUCCAAAUGCUGGAGAGAAUGCUGCUCACACGUGGAUACUUAAUGUAGAGGGAGAGAGAGAGAGCGCGAGAGAGUAAGAGAGAGAGAGUGGGGGGGGGCAGAGAGCGGGGCGGAGAGAAUGAGACAGAGAGACGGGGGAGAGAGAGAGAAUGAGAUGGAGAGAGAGAGAGAGACGGGGAGAGAGAAUGAGACAGAGAGAGAGACAGAGAGAGAGACGGGGAGAGAAUGAAACGGAGAGAGAGAGAGAGACGGGGGGAGAGAAUGAGACGGAGAGAGAGAGAGAGAGACGGGGGGAGAGAGAGAAGGACAACGUGUUUGUGUUUCCUGUAUAUUUCAAUAUGUAUGUCUAUGGAUAUGCCAAUAUAGAAAUAGAACAUGUUCAAGGAGGUGUCUGUAGGGUAUUUAUGUUUCUCACUACUCAAUUGAGUUACCUAUCAACCGUGGUAUGUCAUGUGGAUUUUGUCAGAACUGUUUUCAUGAACUUUGUUGUAGUAUUGUAUACCUUGAUAUUGUAGAGCUGCAGUUCUGUUUUCAUUAUACAUGAUACCUGAUGGCUGGGUCUGACAUGUAUUAUGGAUGGUGUCUGAACUCAGAGUAAUGUUCAUUUGGUCUGUGGUAGUCAGGGAUAGGAUAUAGAGUUCAGAACAGACUGUUUUGUGUUCUACUCAAUACUGACUUUUACUUAGGAACGCUUCAGGCAUGAUUCUCUGUUCUUCUCUGAAUUGAAUGUUUUUCCUUGCGCUGAGUGUUGACAUUGUACAGGUGCCAAACUGUUUAUUAUUUUUAUUGUGGGGAAUGCUGUACUGAAUGUUUGUGAAGUGUAAUGCAAUUAUAGAUCCUUAACAAACGUUGCUUUGA